AUGGAUCCAUCCACAACAACCGCCCUCUCCGGCUGCGUCACCUCCCUCCAACACAGCAUGUCCCUCCUCGAAUCCUCCAUCUCCAUCCUCGACUCCGGCGUAUCCGACUACCCCCGCCUUUCCCGCGUCCUCUCCACAACCCGACACUUCGAGCUCGUCUCCGAACACGACUUGACAUCCGCUCAAUCCACACUCUUAUCAGAAAUCGGACCGGAAGUGGAAGUGCUAUUAGGGAGAGUGGAGAAGUACUUGGAUGGACUGGAGAGGAGGGAGAAGGGACUCAUUGCGAAGGCGGACUUGCAGGAGGGGAGGUUGGGGAGUGGAUCGAAGGAUGACAGGGGAACGGGGAGGAAGAGUCCGGUUAGAGGGACGGGCACGUUGGAGGAGAUGAAGGGGUUGCAGUUGAGGCAGAAGAAGGAGAGGUUGAGUUAUGCUGUUGAGAGGUUGGAAUUGCAGGCUAGUCAGCGACAGAGGCAGUUGAGGAAGAGUAUGGCUGUGCAGUCGUUGGAGGAUUGA